AUGGAUUCACCUGUGAGAGAAUUACCUGCUGAAGAACCUGAAGUAUUGUCGACAAGUGUCACGGAUGGUAUUGUUGAAUUUGGUCCAAUUACAUCUUCCACUACUUUUGCCUCUCUGAAACAACAAGAAUCAACUACUACAACGGACACAUCCGAUUUUCACACGACUCUUGAGGAGCAUUCGAAACAUGAAACACAAAUGAUGAUGACCUCAAACACAAUUUCUGCUGUUGGAAAAGAAGAAUUAUCCUCUGAUUUUGAAACUUCAAGUGACUCUGAUUUAGGUGAACAAGAUCCAUUCAAAAAGAACCAUCCAUCAGAACAUGCAGUGCUUCAUACUGAAAAUGAUAACAGUGCCAAUGCAACAACGACUAUCAACACUACCUUGCCAACAGUGACAUUCACGACAAGGAAUGUUGAGGAAUCAUCUUCUCAUCAUGCUUCUAAACAAGAUGAAGACCUUAUUCCACAAGUUUCAUUAUUGAACUCGUCAUCUGCAACAACCAAUGACCACAAAUCUCAACCUUUGGAAAAUUCUGUUUUGAAACGAGACCUUGAUGAUCAACACUCCUCCAACACUCAUAUUAAGGCUGAAUUAUAUGAUGAUGUGAAAAUUGAGCCUACAACCACUACUACAGCGAGUACGACUAAAACUGAAUCUCCAUUGACUCCAAAUGAAUCAUCAUCAUCUUCAAACAUUACUAUUCAAACUAGAGAGCAGAACUCUCCCAAUGAACCCCUAUUGGACAGCAAUGUAAAUUCAUCUGUCACAACAAAAGUAAUUCCAAAGAAAGUCAUUAGAAAUAAGACCAUGAUUAAGAAUUCAUCAUCUGUUGUGAAUGUCAUUCGAGGAAAUGAAGACAUGGAUCGAUCGAGUGCCACUUCAAGUCCAUCAUCUCCUUCCUCAUCACCACAACAACAGAAAUUGUUCAUUCCUUCUACGAAUAGAGAUCGAAGAAAAACUGUGAAUUUUAAGGAAAUUGAAAAGGAAGAAAUUGAAUUUCAUCCAAAUCGUGCCACGCUUUUCAUGGCAUUACCUCCAACAAUGACAACAACAACAACAACGAACAAUCAGACUACAAAGCAAAUAGAGACCUAUGACGAUGAUGUUCCCUAUGAAGAUGAAGUGGUCAAUGACAACAACAACAACAAUACCAUGGUUCCAUCUACCAACGAAUCAUCCUCAACAACAACAACAGUAUUAAUGACAGACCAUCCCUCAACAAAUCCUUCAUUGGAUCCUGUUAUUGAACAACAAGAAUUGUCUAGUGACGAGGAAGAUGAUUCCAUUUUAAAUUCUCUACUGAAUGAAGAAUCUGAAAUUUCCACUACUACCAAAAUUACACCAUCGAACAAUACUCGAGACACCUCAACAGACGAUGAAGAUUUGGACAAGUUAUUAGCGUCCUAUACGAAACAACGAAAAGUAACUCUACCUCCCAAAUCAACCAAUCACACUGCUCUGUCUCCAGUUCAACCCUCAAAAAGUACGAGCCUUAAAACACUUCCUGUUGUGGAUGUAAAAAGUACUCAAAGAAGGAAUUCUUCCGUCAAUAGAAGCAACACCAACAAUGGUUCAAAGAGUAUUCCAGUGGAAAAUAAUUCAAGAAGAAGACCAUCUCGAAUGGUCACCUCUGUUGAGGAUUUAUUAAAUGAAGAAGAGGAUGACAGCAGUAAUGAGUAG